UCAUUCCCCUGUUAUUAUUUUCUCCAAACAAAAAAGAAAAAUAAUGUCACAACACGGUGACGAUCCUUCUUCUAGCUCAUCUGUAUUCUCGAAAGAACCACAAAGAAAGUCUGCUCUUAAAAGAAAGUGUUCGGGAUCGAAUGGAGAGUCUGAGGUGCUGUCCUCAUCACCAAACAGUAACACCAGUGGCAUUAGUGAUGGGGAUAUUCCAUCAAAAACAAACGAUUGGAAUGCAAAACUUAUUUGUAAUCGUCUGCAAAUCAAAUGUACAGAAUAUUCAGAUCCGUAUUCACACUUCAUCAAACAAUAUAUAACAUUAAAACAAGAUUCAAAGUUCUGUAAUUGUAUUUUUGAACAAUUCCCCAACCUUAUUGAAGAGCCCAAUCCACAUGUGACACCAACAUUUAUUGUUCAUGUUGACAAUAUUGGUCAAGAUGAAAGAAAAACAACCAACAUUACUAAUCAACAAAAGCAAAUAGUUAAAAGCACACUUGCAACAUUUGAAGAUUCUUUUAAAUUAAGAAUAGAAUGCUUCGAGUAUGUUCUGAAUUGUUGGGAUGACUUGGAUUGUGAAUAUAUCAAUCAAAUUAAUAUUGGCAGUGCCUUGAAGAAGGUUCAAGAACUUGAUAGACAAUUUGAGAGGUCAUCAUUAUAUUUAUGUGAAUGGUUUAAUCGAAAGAGUAAAGAGAAUAAAGUUAUUGUCCUGGAAAUGUGUCGAUGCAUUUUUUAUGGACUGAAAUUAUUUUAUGACCAGUUGCUCUUUAUGAUGAAGCACAGCCAUAAUGGUGAUCCAGUGACAGAAAAGAUGUUUCUAGAUUUAUUCACAGCUUUUGUCAGAAUUUUUGAUUUAAAGAUUUAUGAUACUACAAAAACAGAACAGUAUUUUACAAUAGGAGAGAGACAGUUUAUAUCAGAACCUGAUGCAAUGAUAUAUAAGUUUACAGAGUCUGAGUCUUGUGAUGCUGCCAGACUAGAAUCAUCUGUGUUUGUUGUCGCCAAAGUAAAGGAAUACUGUGAAGAUAAAACGAAAGACAGAACCUGUAAUUUGAGACAUGUGUCAGACAAUUUGGAACGAGUUGCUGAUCAUAUUGAUAGUCAUGUCAAAGGUCAACACAUUGGAGAUAUGUUAGCAGUCACACAGUCUACAUCAGCAUUGGGAAACAAUGGAGUGUUUGGGUUUAUUGUUCAAGGAACAAAGGUCACGUUAACUUCAUUGAAGGUUUGUGAUGAUUUCUUUGAAAGUAAAGAUUCUACUGUAGCAGCUAACAGAACUAAGGGAACAGUGAAUUACAGUAAACAGUGUAACAUUUUAUUAAAACGUGGCAGACAUGAACUUAUUCCAGUGAUGUUAAGCAUGUCCACUCUCUUCAAAAAUGAUUAAAACGUGGCAGGCAUGAACUUAUUCCAGUGAUGUUAAGCACGGACACACUCUUUAAAAACGAUUAGAAUGUGGCAGACCUGAACCUAUUCCAGUGAUGUUAAGCAUGGACACACUCUUCAAAAACGAUUAGAAUGUGGCAGACCUGAACCUAUUCCAGUGAUGUUAAGCAGGGACACACUCUUCAAAAACGAUUAGAAUGUGGCAGACCUGAACUUAUUCCAGUGAUGUUAAGCACGGACACACUCUUCAAAAAUGAUUAAAACAUGGCAGACAUGAACUUAUUCCAGUGAUGUUAAGUAUGGCCACACUCUUCAAAAAUGAUUAAAACGUGGCAGACAUGAACUUAUUCCAGUGAUGUUAAGCAUGGCCACACUCUUCAAAAAUGAUUAAAACGUGGCAGAAGUGAACUCAUUCCAGUGAUGUUAAGUAUGGCCACACUCUUCAAAAAUGAUUAAAACGUGGCAG